CUCGCGCCAUCCGGCAACCGGCCGCAGAAUCCUCGCGCACCGCGGCGCACCGCGACCAACUCGCACUGUACUGCACCGCGCUGAAGGUGUCCGUUAGAGCAGCAGCUCAGGGGCUCUCCGUCGGAUGACGCCUUUUGCAGUCCAACUCCAGCCAAGCCCCAGCAGGAUGAUGAUCCUGAUUCUGCUCCCCGGCGGGGUCCCGCGGCCAAAGGGGUGAGAGAGAGGCAGAGUGACAAAGAGCAGCUCGGGAUCGGACUCCUGGACGGCCCCCCGGCGGCCCCUCGCGGCAAGGACGCCACGGCACCGCCUGCCGCGCGGCCUCCUCGCCGAUCCCGAUGCAAAUAUCGCAAUAAUUAAAAGCAGAAGCGGCGUGAGGCGCCUCCGGCGCGGACGCCACGCACGGCAGUGGAAGAGAGGGACAGAGAAACAAAGUGUGGGAUUCGAUGUCAGACCCGCUCUGCAUCUAGCUCUGAGCGUGCGUGGUUUUUGUUUCCUGCCUGCGCGGCACAACGGGAAAAAACACUUGUGUGACACAAUGAACAGCGCCUGGUGAAAGCAAAGACGCUCCGCGUGUGACACGUCACAGACGUCACAGACGCGUCACAGGCACGUCACAGACAACGAGUCGCAUGCCACCGACGUCGCUUCAGUGAAAGCACCGCGCUGCAACGAGGUGCAUCACUUCUUGAACACGUGGAGGAGCCGUGUGCGAUGCGCGGGCGGCUCGGGCUUGCGUCGUCGGUCUCUCUCCCUCUCGUGGGGCGUCCCAAAGGCGUGCGAGAGAGACAGAGCGACAAAGCAAAUCGUGAUCGGGUAAUAAUUCGGGCUGUGCGGUCGCGCGGCACCCAGCACGGCGGGGUUGACGACGCGUGAAGUGUCAAUCCACCCGGAGGGCUAGAGGAAGGAAGGAAGGAAGGGGGAGGAGGAAAGAGGGGGCUGAGGGAGUCCUCGACACAGAAGAAAGCGGAGCAGCGGAACAGUGACUCCCAUGCCCGACAAAAAGGCAAAAAGACAAAAAGGCUUGGCGACGACGGCGACAUUGGCGCCUGGCCACCGCCACCGCGCCGCGACGCGUCGUGUCGAGGAACUUGGGGUUCUUCACCCGCGGCGGGGCAAUUUCAGAGCGACGGCACGAGACGAGACGCGGGUCGAUCGGCAGGGCAUUUUCCAGCGGCAGGGCGAUGGUGGUCGUGUUGCAGGCCGCGUCGUCACCAAGGCGGACCAGGCCCAGGCCAAAGCCCAGGCCGGCAACUGUGAGCCCGACGCUAGUCGCCCGUCCACCGCCAACCGCCGCGCCCUCAAGUGUUCGGUGCACGUGCGGCUGACGCGAGCCACCUCCUCCUCGUCGUCGUCGUCCUCGUCGUCGUCCUCCUCGGGCGGUCCCGGAGGCUCCAGCCACCAGACGGCCUUCUCCACCAGCAACUCCUACCCAGCCGGCACGUCGCACACAGUGUCCUCGCAGGGCCCGGGACACGUGUCGUCGUCGAGCUCGUCGUCGUCCCCAGGAUACCCGGCCGCCGGUGGGGCGGGUGCGCAGGCCUCCGGCCCCAGCCCGCUGCCCCCCGCAGCGGCCCCAGCGUCAUCCCCCAAACCCAACCCUGCCCCCUCCCCCGCCCCUGCAUCCCAGUCGCCUCCCCUGCCCGGCAACGCGCCGUCGCAGCCCAGCUGGGGCGUCGCCGGCCCGCUCACCGGGUCACGUGGAGGUGCGCCGCCUGCAGCUCUUGGAGGCGGUGCCUCUGAAGGUGGUCCUGUUGGGGGCGGCGCUCCUGGAGGCGGCGUCGCCGUCGGCGCUUACGGCGGCUGCAGCGGGGGUAGCUGCUCCGGUGGCACCUACGGCCCAGCUCCUUUCCCGGCUGCUGGAGGCGCCGGAGGCUUCCCGGGCUUCCCCGGAGCAGGCGCCGGCGGCUACGGCGGCAACAGCUUCGCGGGCUCCUUCGCGGGGCCGGGGCCGAUGGGCGGCAUGCCCCUCAUGCCCCCCAUGCCCGCCAUGCCCUUCGCCGGCAUGGGCCCCCAGGCGCCGCAGCAGCCCAUGGACUUCUACUCGUUCCUCCAGCAGUACAUCAACUACCUGCAGCAGUUCGCCCAGCAGGUGCAGCAGCAACAACAACAACAGCAGCAACAGCCGCCGCAGCAGCAGGCGCAGCCGCAGUACGCCCCGAGCGGCCCCAGCCCCAGCUACACGGGCAGUAACGCUAUUGAGCCGGACAGCGCUGGCGCGGGCAGCGGGCCAUGCUCCGUGUGCGGCGGCCCCGGCGUCACGGGGCCCUCAGCGCCGUCCGCCCCCGGCUUCGGCGUGCCCAUGGGACCCCUGGGCGGCGCGUCGGCCUUCGGCAUGGCGUCCUCGGGGGCGUCCUCGGGGGCCAGCUCGUACGCGGGGCCCAGCGGCGCGGGCGCCUUCCCUGGCUUCCCCGGCUUCCCGCAGCAGGCGCCCUACGGCAUGCCGGCCUUCGGGAUGUACGGCACCCCGUUCAGCGCGCCCGCCCCCGGCAUGGGGCUCUACGGCGGCGGAGCGUUCGGCGGCGCCGGGGCGGGGCCCGCCAACGCCAUGGCCUCCGCCUCCAUCGGGCCGCAGGGUGGCUUUGGAGAGGCAUCCGUCGGUGACGCGGACCACCCCGAGCUGGGCCAGCGGCAAGGCGGCCCCAUCGCAGCCCCCGGCGGCGGCUCCUUCGGCACCUUCAGCGCCGUGUCAUCGGGCAGCAGCACCGUCAACGGCAAGACCACCAGCUACAAGGAGGCCAUCUCCGGCGUCAACGACAACGGCAAGAUUACCACGUUCGUGGCGCGCGACCCGCCCAAGUAGGAGGGGAACCCUCGCGCACUCGCGGAGCAGCUCCAGGAAGCUGUGGCUUGGUGCCUUUCAUUUUCUGUGAUACUGCAUGACGUUGAUUAAUUAUUUUAAUUAUAAUUGCUAUGUGGCGGAUACUGUAAUGUUUAGUAUUUAUUUUUGUUUUGUCACUUUUCUUAAAACUUUCAUACGCUUUUAAAAAAAAUCAUCAAGGACGCCAAA